UUUUUAAUUUUUUACGUGGCCCUUUUCUCCGCAUUUUUAUCCAUUUAACAAAUUUUCUUUUUGCAUCCCCUCGACCUUGCGCGCACACAAAAUAUUGAAACAUACAAAAAUAACAAAUUUGAAAUUCCACCAACUUGGAAUACUGCGCUCAGACUUGACAUUAUUUUUUGGCGACACAAUCACACACGCGCAGACACACACACACACACAUUGCUCUGUCAAAUGGCCCUGCCAGCCUUGUACAGACAGCGCCAGACUGAUUUUUCAUCGACACAGCCCGAAAUUCAGAAGUGGACGCAUGCCCCACACAACAUCAAGAGGAUUGAGCUUCAGCAGUCGCUCCUAGGCCACGACGGCUGCGUUAACGCACUGUGUUGGUCGCUGGAUGGCCGAUACUUAUUUUCCGGAUCAGACGACUCGACAAUCUGUGUUUGGCGCGCGGCUGGAGAUGGAUCUCGGAUCGGCAAGCUACGGACUGGGUUUAACGAGCGCGUAUUUGAUUUAAAGGUCAUGCCGGUUCCCAACGACCACCUUCUGGUGGCAUGCUCGAUGGACUACACGAUCAAAGUGUUUGACAUUGGCCGCAUUUUGUCCAGAGCGGAUGCCGCCAGCACACACACUACCAUAUCCAGGCCGACACUCAGCGAUACAUUGGAAGUUGGCGACUGCUGCGUGCGCACCUUUGCUGUGCACUCGGCCCCGGUCAAACGCAUUGCAGUAAUGUACGAUCAGCCGCACGAGUUUCUGUCUUGCUCAGAGGAUGGCACGGCGCGGCAUUUUGAUCUCCGCGAGCCGCUGCCAGCACCAGCACCAGCGUUGCAGCACAGACACGCUGCAUCGACAAGAGGUGGCCACAUAGUCGCUGACUACCAAACGCUGCAUGCCGAGCUUCACGCGCUGGAUACCAACCCGUUUCAAUCGUCGAUAUUUGCAGUCGGCGGGUCCAUCACAUCUAUCAUGGUUCAUGAUCGCCGAAUGCCGCAGCUGGGAUCGGCUCAUGACGUUCAAAGAAAUUAUUACAGCAACUGGUCUGGCGACAGGUGCAUUGUCCGUCUGCGCCGCAAUGCGUCGCCAAGCGAAGACGACGUUUUUGAGCGCAUAUCUGACAACAUGGUCACUGGGCUGCGGUUUUCACGCGACACUCCAAACCAGGUGAUCGGCAGCUGGUGCUACGACUACGUGUAUUUGUUUGAUCUUAACCUGUCGAGUGCAUACAUGAGCGCCACCCGCACUCUCCUUUGCGAAGCAGGAAAGAGAUUGCGCAGCAGAGCCGUCGUAAGCGAUUCCCAAUCACCACCGACAGUGAAGCGCGUGCGCUCUGGAAGCAGAGUGCCAGAGCACCCGUCCCCGGUAGAUGCUAGCAGCAGUGGUGAUAUUGGCGGCAGCGAUAAUAGGGCGUCUGCUUUGAACCACCGCGCACGCGAUUUCACGCGCGGCCGGUCGCUCGGUGUCCACAUACUCACCAGAGAGGAGGCGCCAUACUUGUUCACCAGCGACGAUUUGAACGAAUCCAGUGAAACCAGCGAAACCAGUGAAACCAGCGAAUCCACCGACAACAUCCAAACUGGCAGUUCAGACUGCCAGGUUAGCCAUACCGAAAUUUCAUACGAUGUGGGAGUUAGCUCAGAUAGUUUUGUUAUGGACUGUUCAUCAGCUGUAGACGCGAGCCACUGCAAGGUCUGCCAAGCUGACACAAGCGUCCUGAAAACAGCAAUUAUUAGGCUGGAUGCAGUAGGCAUCCGUGCUAGCGAUCCCGACUUGGCGUUGACAGCCACCGAACGCAGCUUGGUUGACAUAGUGUUUCGCACUUUUGUGGCGAGCAUGGUCGCAAACAUACUGCCGCAGGCCCUUGAUGCCAUGACGUUUGCUUGUAGGCAGCUGGAAGACGAGGGCGUCCAGCCGUCGGAAAGAGCUCUGCGGGCGCUUGUGCCUCUCGAAGAAAUUGCCAAUUCGGGCGACAAGAUGCGCCUUCGAAGCCUGCUCAUGGCAUUUCAUACAGAUGCUGGUUUGGACCGUGAGCGCGUUCGAUCUAUUUUUCACAACAACCGCACCUGUAUUCAUUCGACUCUUUUUCGCCAAAAAUGGAGCCAGCAGUUUCACGGGCACUCGAACCCGAAUUUCGAUCCACUGAGCUCCAGAGCCGCAAGCGAUCUUUCAAACAACCUCCGAGAUAUCAGAAGCGACCUCGAAGCCGCAUUUAGGGACAAUUCUGCCGCACUGCGACUGAAUCGCUACAACAUGCUCGCACGAUAUAAUCGUGUGCUUUUGGCCUGGGACAGUGCGCGAUUGGACACGCUGCUGUUCUUGCUGGCCCUCCAGCCGCUAGUGGGCAGCAUCAAUGACCCACAGCUGAACAUGAUGCGAGCAGAGUUUGGGGACUUGUCAUAUCGGCUGGGCGAGCUGCGCUCUAAGAUUGGUUCCAGCUCGGAAAUCGUUUGUGAGGAGUCACGCACACUUGCUGGGUUUUGCAAUGCAGUUGGUCUCGUAGACGAUGGCGACGCCAGUGAGUAUAUCCUCAAAUGCCUUUUCCACGAAAACGAGCGAUUUUUCGAGAUGCCCAAAAGACUUGGGGUCAAUCUGUUAUGUGAAGUGAAAAUUAUGGCUGACAGAUUUGAAGCGGCUUACCGCGCAUUUGCCGGCAAUGCGUUUGCAGGAAGCAGCCCAUCAGAAUACGCAACUGCUGCAACCCAGCUUGAGCAAUGCUGGAGCUCGCUGACCCAAACACAAACCAGUGAUUUGCCCUAUGCGUAUCUGUGGCACAGGUACAUUCCCUCGAUCAGCGAGCGGCGUAAUGGCGGCUGCGAAGAGCUUGAGAAUGUCGGAAUUGAUAUCAUGCCUGUGUUUCCUUUGAACGCGCCGUUUUCUUGCACUGGCUUUGGGCGCAGUAUUGCUGCUAGCCCCACAAAUGACGAGCGAAUGUCGAUUACGGACAGCAGUAGUAGCAGGUCCAGAUCCAGAUCUAACUACAGCAUGGGCGACAACUCUGGUAGUGAUAGUGAUGGUGAUAGCGAAAGCAGCAUUGGUGCUCAUAUUCGCCCGCGGUUUUACAGCGGCCAGAUCGAUUCAGAUGUGCUGGCCAUGUCACCAAGUGAGGGUGGCUGGCCGCGAGAUACAUGUGAGUACUUGCCGCGGCGCACAACCAAUCGCACAAUCAGUAAUUCUUCACACUAUAAUACUGACUCUAGCUCCCAGUCAGGCCUCGCUGAUACCCAUUCAAGUGAUGCAGGUCUCAAGUCGGUGGUUCCUGUUGUUUUGCCCUGCCGGCGGUACACGGGACAUUGUAACUUUCAGACAACCAAGGACGUGAACUAUCUGUUUGGCCAGUACGUCGCUUCAGGCUCAGAUGACGGCAGGUUGUUUGUCUGGGACAAAGAGACCAUGGAGAUUGUGCAGGUCAUCACGGGCGACAGCGAGAUCGUCAACAUUGUCGAGGGUCAUCCCUACCUGCCGAUUGUCGCCGUCUCUGGCAUUGAUAGUGAGGUACACAUUUUUAGCUUGGCAAAGGGUGGGCCAGUGGCAGCUCACCGCACAAACUUCCCGCUGGUGAGGGGCUGGCAGCUUGCAGAGACUAAUCUGAUCGACCAGUCUUCCAAGGCCGCAUAUAUUGAAAUGGUAUAUGCGCAGGAUCCGUACCAAUCAGCAUUGCAGUACUCGGGCCACUUUACUCUGCCGCCGGACAUCGACAGUAGUCGGCUAGCUAGAAGCGUCCCGCGCACAUUCCCUGCAGUUAGCGAGAGCUGCCUUAGAGACAUGGCUCAGAUAAUAAGCCAAAAUGAAGACAUGCGGCUCAGCAACAUGGCCCAUGCAUCGCUGACUAAUCAGAUAAUGACAAACAUGCUGCUUGGAAACCUCUUUGGAAAUGCUGAAAGUGGCGAUGACAGUGCCGGGUCGAGCGACUCUGGAAGCUCAAGCAGAUCUGACGACUCUGGCGGUUUAGUAAGUCAUAGCGGCACGCACACUGCAAGUACCUCCAACAGUAUUAACAUGGAGGGGAAUGUCAAUGGCAAUAGCGAUGAUUAUGGUGAUGACAAUGGCGAUGGCGAAGAAGGCGAUGGCAGUGUGGUUUUAGUGGACACUGACAUGAGAGAGGACACUGACGGCAGCGAAUUUGAGCGUGCGGCAGAGUCAAUAGUAUACCAGGAGGCACAGCAGCGCCGGCGGUUGCGCUGGGUACACCGCCAUUUCGGCGGAACUGGAUCCACCUCCGAGGAGUCUGAAAGCAGGUUCUCACCAGAACUGGAUGGCUCAACUUUGCACUAGUUCGUUGUUUCAAUCCAAAUACGGCGCUUGUGUGUCUUGGAUAGCAGCACAAUGUCAUUUUUUAAA